UCGACGGUUGGACGUGUGUCGGUCCCGCUCAGAAAUACGCAAGUUCCACGCGAUCUGUCCAGACACCUCGCCGGCUUCGGAAUUGCGUUUCUCUCUGGAUUUUGAUUUUGCGACACACGGAUUUAGUGAACCUCACCACGUGCUUUAAUCGUAUUCACUGCCUUGAUUAUAUUCGGUGUGCUCUCAUCAUUUACGGGUGUGUUAGUUUAUUGCUCGUGAUAUUUCGACAUUAAUCGAGUUUUUAUGAGCCUUGACGUACAUGAUGCGAUUUGUUUGAGAUCUGUCCAUUCGUUUUAAAUUUCAUUUCGAGUGACGAUUCUUUCGUUUGUGGCUUGAUCAACUUUUUGUUCCGAUUAUCUCACCCUGUCCGCGAAAAUAUCAAGCUAGGUACCAAUUCCGUUGAAUUUUAUCGCGAUUUUAUUUACUCACUUCUUGAAGGCCCAUCACUAUAAUAUUGUGUCUUUUUAUGCUCUUGAUCGCGGAACAUUUAUAGGAUGUCUUAUGACUCAGUGCGCAACAAUUCGUGAGUUUCUUUUAGUUUGCAGCCGCAAUUAUUUUCCAAAGGAAUAGAUAUAUCGGCAGAUUUACUCAAUCUGAAUUUUCAGCUUAAGGAAGUGUUAAUGUUUCGCCAAAAUGUACCUACUAUCAUGUGUUUUAAAGUAUCAGUGACAAGUUAAACCAGAUUCAUGUUUGACACAUUUUUCAGCGCUAUCAGUGAUCGCGUCGGCAAAAAAAAUUUGCCUAGAUAGCAGUGAUUUUCGUGUUAUGAGGUUUGUUCGGCGGAGAAAGGAGAUCAAAAGAAUUACCGUCCGUUCCUCUGUUUGUUAUUCCUAGUGCGUCCUUUGCAGCUGAUCAUGGAGUUGUCAGAAUUUAUCGUAAGGAUUACUUUCAUCUUCUGCUGCAGCAUACUUAAAGAUGUGAUGGCCCUGCAGCAGUUUGAUCGGCAACCCAUUUACACGGAAGUGAACCCCGGAGAAGAUAAAAAACUUGACUGCAUCGUUCUAAAUAAGCGCGGAUCAUGUUCGUGGCAAAAAGACAACAAGCCCGUAGGUAUAUAUGCGAAGAAGUACGAGUGGGCUGGGAGACAGGAGGACGGAGACUGCAGUUUGUGGAUACGGCAAGCCUCUUUGGACUUCGACGACGGAGCUUGGGAGUGCCAAGUGACGGCUUCCGAUUUCAUCACUCAAGAUGCCCUCACAUCUAACCCAGUUCGACUAGUCGUCAGAGUGGCACCACAGCGACCUCGCAUUGAAUACAACGCGAGUCAUAUUCUGCCAAACCAUAACAUCACCGUUCGGGCAGGGAACACUGCUGUUGUGAAAUGUAUCAGUCGGUACGGGAACCCGCCUGCCAAAUUAAAAUGGUUGCUCGGUGACCAGGAACUGGUUCCCCGAGGGAAUCAGACGAACGUGCCUGAAGCGGAUAACAACCGGACAUGGGUGGCAUCCUCGGUGUUGGAGACGAGUGUGGAGAAGAUCCAGCACGGACGCAUUCUCCGUUGCGUCGCCAUUCACGAAUCAUACCCGGCCAAAUCACAGUCCAUCGAAGUCCGCCUCGACGUCACAUAUCCACCGGAGGUACGUUUGACAGGGACGCCGACGACGGACAUCGAGGAGGGCAAGGACGUGGUGGCGCUGCGCUGCAUCACGGACGCUAAUCCACCAGCCACCGUCCAGUGGCGCCGCUCCAACGGGGACAUCCGCAGCACCGAGGAGUCCUUCCGCCUGGCCCCCGUCAACCGCAAGGACAGCGGCGUCUACACCUGCCAAGCCUCCAACAACGUCGGCACCAGCCAACCUUUGACCGUCAGCCUCGACGUCAAGUACGCACCUUCGAUCCGCGAAGUGGGGCCGGACAAGGUGGUGACGGCGCCCCUGUUCUCACCGGUGCGGUUCAACUGCGAGGCUGACGGGAACCCUCUACCCUCGUACCAGUGGCUCCAGCGACUUCCCACCAUCACACCCACCUCCGACGAGACCGUCUACGUCCGCGGCUCCGAGGCCCAGCUCUACGUCAACAACGUCACCUACGACCACCAGGGCGACUACGUCUGUCGAGUCACCAACUCCAUCGGCGGAUCCGAGCGCUCAGUCCAAAGCCAGGCCAUCUCCGUUCAAGUCGUAGGAGCCCCACAAGUUGUUCGAAAUAUCGGAGGAAGAGAAGUGGUUGCCCGUCGUGGGGAGGAUGCUCUGCUCAAGCUGGUCGUAUGCGCUGACCCCCGGCCCCGAAGGGCGGCCUGGCAUUGGGGCUCGCUCCAGUUGGAGGCAGGCGCCGGCCAAGGAAGGUAUCAAGCCGAGAACCUCAUACAAGAUACUCGAGAGGACUGUUAUGAGGCUCGAUUCCACGUCCGAGAGGUCUCACCGGAAGACUCUCGGAAUUAUUACCUCGAAGUCCAUAACGACCGCGGCACUGACCGGCACUCGGUCAGGCUGGCAGUCCGGGGUUCGUAUGCCGAGCCUUUGACGAUGGUCACACUUCUUAGCGUUACAGCUGCUGCAUUUUUAGUACUCCUGGUGGCAGCCCUAGUUUUAUUUUAUAUAAUUCGCACUGAAAAGUGCUGUUUUGGAAAUAAAUUUAGGAGAGGCGAUUUUAGGCCAACAGAUUUAGAGAGUGAGAAAAGUGACAUCGAUAGCAACACAUGCGUGAAGACGCCUAGGAUAGAAUCAAGUAUGAUAACGAGUGGCCCCAUGUCGAUACCCGGGGAGGCGAUGUACUGCUCGUCGCCGGCGCGGAGGCCGCCCCAACAGCACAUCAUCACGGCCGGCGGGUCCCCUGAGGCGAUGAAGCAGCGGCGUCACCACGGGAGCCAGCAGUCGCACCGGGAUCGCGAGCGAGAGCGUGACUCGAAGAAGCGUUCGUCGGCGUACCGCUCCUCGCGCGAGUCGCUCAACAUGUUCGCGGACCUGCAGCAGAUGAGCAGCCACCACUCCGGCGGGGGCGAGCACAGGCAUAGCAACCACGGCGGCUCGAGGGCGGCCAACAGCUCGCAGAGCCGGAUGAACUCCUACUCGCGCUCACAGUCCCAGGCGCAGAACCACGACACGUCCUACUCCUCGCACCCCGAUCUCACCUCCUCCUACUACUACCCCAAGCAGUUCCACCUCACCUUCCCCCACAAGCCCCACGCCAACUUCAACGCCUACCAGUACGACAACAUGAAGACUGUUAAUUUACACUACUCGCCCAAUAGCUUCAACAAGGCCGAGAUCUAACUGCCUUAACCCCUCGCCGAGUCGCCGCCUUUCUACACGGAGAAAAACAGUUCGUGCGUGGGACCCUAAGUUGAGG